ACCUGCAACCGCAACGAUAAGAUUUAUUAUAUUAAAGCAAAAAUUAUUUAGAAAACAUGGAAAAUUCUUUAAAUGAAUCGGAUACUGAAGAUUCCUUGACUAUUGCUACUAAAAACUGGGAUCGAAUUAUUAGUACUGCUAAAAAGGUUGGUUACAGGGAAGGAGUAGAAGAUGGGUCAAAUUCUGUUUUUCAAAAUGGUUUUGAUAGUGGAUAUAAAGAAGGCUUUCAAACGGCUUUUAUUCUAGGAAAGUUUAAAAGUUUAUUAAAUGCUAUACCAAAGGAUGUUGAGCAUCCACAAAAUAUAAAAGAAAUUUUUGAUAAAACUAGAAGAGGUGCGUGUCAUAUAUGUAUAACAGAACUUCAUAAUGGCAAUAAUACACAGAAGAGUUUUGAUGAAAUCAUCAAUGAACAAAGAUCGUAUUCAGUGAAAGUUCUUCAAACAUCGUAUGAGUAUUUUCAACCAUAUGUAAAGCAAUUAAAUAUUAGCGAAUCUGAUAUAUUAAAGAUACGAGGUGUUCCAGAUUUAGAAGAUAAUUAAUUUAUAAAUCAAAACAGUUUUUUGUAUUUUUUUAUUAGCAUGUAUAUUUUUAUGCUUCAAACGUAAAUAAAGAAUUUUAAUUGCAGAA